GGAAAGGCGGUUGGAGAGGGAGGGGCGAGCGGUUACUCACUCCAUGGCUGCGGAAAGGAGAGGCGGCGGCGGCCUCCGCUGAAGAAAAGAAGGCGGUAGAGAAGAGCGCAAGCGCGGAAGAAAACACAGAUGCGCGUCUUUGCUGGUCCCGACAAACGGCCUCUACUUAAGUUCCUCUUCAUUAAGUAGUAUGAAGACAGCAAAUGUGGUGACUAAAUUUGGCGGCAGAGGCUUUUAAAGGCGAAUCUCUCACCUCCCAACUGCUCUGAACUCACCAGGACCCUGACACCUUUGGUCUAACGGAAUCAGGACAAAGCUACCACCAUUGACCCCAUUUUUGUACACGCCCAACGAUGACUUCUGUCCCGGGCUAACCAGAAAGGCCAUGGGUGCUGAGAGAGCCCCCCAGAGCCAGCCAUGCACCCGGUACCUCCUCGUCCUGGUCUCCUUCUUCCUCAGCCUGGAGGCCUCCCCGGACUGGAAGACUUCCCACAGCCAGGAUCCCUUUGAAAAAUGUAUGCAUGAUCCUGACUAUGAGGUGCUGCUCAAGGUUGUGACCUUGGGCCUCAAUCGGACCUCGAAGCCUCAGAGGGUCAUUGUGGUUGGUGCUGGUGCAGCUGGGCUGGUAGCUGCCAAGGUGCUCAGUGAUGCGGGACACAAGGUCACCAUCCUGGAAGCAGACAACAGGAUCGGGGGCCGCAUCUUCACCUACCGGGACCGGAAGACAGGCUGGAUUGGGGAGCUGGGAGCCAUGCGCAUGCCCAGCUCACACAGGAUCCUCCACGAGCUCUGCAAGAGCCUAGGGCUCAACCUGACCAAAUUCACUCAGUACGAUGAGAACACGUGGAUAGAAGUGAACAACCUGAAGCUGCGGAACUACGUGGUGGAGAAGAUGCCCGAGAAGCUGGGCUACAAGCUGCGCCCCAGGGAGAAGGGCCACUCACCCGAAGAGAUCUACCAGAUGGCUCUCAACCAGGCCCUCAAAGAUCUCAAGACACUGGGCUGCAGAAAGGCAAUGAAGAAGUUUGAAAAACACACGCUCCUGGAAUACCUUCUCGGGGAGGGGAACCUGAGCCAGCCUGCCGUGCGGCUCCUGGGAGACGUGAUGUCCAAAGACGGCUUCUUCUAUCUCAGCUUCGCUGAGGCCCUAAGGGCCCACAGCUGCCUCAGCGACCGGCUCCGGUACAGCCGCAUCGUGGGCGGCUGGGACCUGCUGCCGCGAGCGCUGCUGAGCUCGCUGUCCGGGCCGGUGCUGCUGCACGCGCCUGUCGUGGCGAUAACGCAGGGGACGCACGAUGUGCGCGUGCACAUCGCCAGCUCGCGCAGGGCCCGGAGUCUGAAGGCCAUGACCGCCGACGUGGUGCUGCUGACGGCCAGCGGCCCGGCCCUGCAGCGCAUUACCUUCUCGCCGCCGCUGUCGCGAAGGCGGCAGGAGGCGCUGCGCGCGCUGCACUACGUGCCGGCCACCAAGGUGUUCCUGAGCUUCCGCCGGCCCUUCUGGCACGACGAACACAUCGAGGGCGGCCACUCGAGCACCGCCCGCCCGUCGCGCGUGAUAUUCUACCCGCCGCCGGGCGAGGGCGCGCUGCUGCUGGCCUCGUACACGUGGUCGGACGCGGCGGCGUCGUUCGCCGGCCUGCGCCCCGAAGACGCGAUGCGCGUGGCGCUCGACGACGUGGCGGCGCUGCACGGGCCGAUUGUGUACCGGCUGUGGGACGGCAGCGGCAUCGUCAAACGCUGGGCGGAGGACCCGCAUAGUCAGGGCGGCUUCGUGGUGCAGCCGCCGCUGCUCUGGCAUGAAGACAAGGACGAGGGACCGGACUACGACUGGGCGGUCCCCUACGGCCGCAUCUACUUCGCCGGUGAGCACACGGCCUACCCGCACGGCUGGGUGGAGACCGCUGUCAAGUCGGCGCUGCGAGCUGCGGUGUUGAUCAACAGCCGAGAGAGGCACACGAUGGUCGACAGCGACACCGAGGAGGGCGUAGUGCGCCUGCUGCCCAGCCGUUCCCGCUGCGAGUUCGAAAAGGGCGGUGCCGCCCACGCCCAGGCUGCGCAUGGGAUAACCGCUCAGCACACCACCCACAAGAGACCCGAGCAUUAAAAGUAUUUUCAGAAAAA